UUUGCACGCGGCAACGGCACGAAAUUACAGGCAAAGAAAUUAAAUAGUUAGAAAGAAUUCUACUCACUGAUCUCGUAAAGGGUGAUACGCUCUUCAAAAGGAGGGGGCGCGCGCUCCAAGCAUUGGCAUAGUAGCUGUCACAAUGGUCGCACCGAAGCCGUUUUUGUUGUUCCUCGUAUUUGCCGCAUUAUGCGUAAGUUCCACUUGCUCUGACGAGCACGAAGAGUCCAGUGUACGUAAAGUAGAACUGUAUGAUGGUGUUUAUGUGAAAGUUCCCGAGAAAAGCAACGAAUCGAGAAAACUGGUGUCCUUUGAAAUCGAUACGAAUAGCAAUGGGGAGACAGAGACGGGUCGAGGUAAACAAAAGAAAUUGAUGAAGAAAAUUUUGCCCAUGUUCAUCUUGCCGUUCGUCUUCCAGUCAACUCUCGUGCCUCUGUUUCUGGGACUAUUGAAGUUCAUGCUAUUCAAGUCUUUGAUGAUUGGAAAGUUAGCGCUGGUUUUGAUCAUAAUCAACGCAUUCAAAAACAGCAACCCUUCGAAAGGGAGACAUGAUGACGACAUCGCAAGUUUGCAUUAUGGAUUCCAUGGGAACGGGAUGGAAGAAUUCGGAUCUUAUUUUAAUUCUUAAACCUUCUUAUUAGCUUCUCUCUAAUUUAUUUUGUGGCCAAAGAUAUGCUUGAUAUAACACAACUAAUAUAAAACGUAAAUUUUGCGGUAGCGACAUUGUCUACAUAAUAUUUGAACGUGGGAUGUUUUACCGACAAAUCUCACGACUUUGUGACAUUUUCGUUAACUAUUUCAAUAAGUACUCAAAUUAAACUGUACUGUACUGUACUGUAGUAUAAUGAUUAUAACGUUAUGUUUGGGCGGAUACAAAAACUUGACAUCAUUUUUUUUCAUAUUUAAUAUAUUAGAACGAGUAUCUAAAGCUGCUCUAAUAGGAUCUUACUAAAUUUAAAUAGGCAGGGCACACGAGCAGAGAAGGGGAGUGUUGAUCGAUCGUCAAGGAAUUCCUUAACCCUACAUCCAGUAGGGUUAAGGAAUUCCUUCCAUUUCUUAAUUCUCUGCGUGUGUGAAGUCUACCAAUCCGCAUUGGGCCAGCGUGGUGGACUAUUGGCCUAACCCCUCUCAUUCUGAGAGGAGACUCGAGCUCAGCAGUGAGCCGUAUAUGGGUUGAUAACGACGACGACGACGACAUCCAGUAGUCACAAGUCCUGGACUUUGCUUGGUGUUUCUCUACCACGCGAUGGACCCGGCACCUGCACGGUGAAUCCAUGGAAUGCUAAGAUAUUCGUCUCACUAUCAAUCAUUAUAUUUUAUGAUGAAAAAUACCAGCAUAACAUUUCAAUCAUUACCUAUUCUUAAAAUGUACGUAUCCAUUUUACAUUCUUUUGUGUUAUAUUUUACUUGCUUUAUUUAUUUUAAUUAAACACUAAGUAGGAAAUAUAAUAGUUUAUAAUAUUUAUUUUAAUUUAUUAAGGAAAGUAAAUGGAUAAUGAAGUGAUAUCAGACCGGAAAUAAUAUAUUUACUUUCUACUUACUUCACACUUGUAAACAUUGGGUAUCGUUGUAAUAAAAUCUACUUAAAAAAACUUUUAGGUGUAACACAGGCAUAAAUCAAAUUAAAUCAAGGAACUAAGUAAGGAAAGCAUUAAUUAGAUAGUUUUAAAAUUAACGUGUGAUAAUAACGGAAGAGGAUAUAUUAUAGUGGGAAAAGUAGCCACUUGAGUGAAUACAGAUUUCUAUUUGUUACAUGAAGUGGAAAAAUCUUUCGUGUGCAAGUAUUCUGAGUGAGUUUUUACAACGAGAUGAUGCUAUACGAGAGUGAAUAAGGAAAAUUGUUUGAUCUCUUUAUGCAUUGUUAUACUAUACUGUAUUAUUUUGAAUACAUCGAGUUUUAUUUAUUUGGGACCGUUAGAUAAACGGAAUAUUAUGUAUAACUUGUCUCAGUUUUGUUUGGUUUUAUUUUUCUAUUGUAAAAGAACUGUGCUGUAGUAAUUAUUAAUCUAUUAAACGUUAUAUUAAGUAUUAUUAUUUAUUAAAAUGUAUUUAGUAUAAAAAAGGCGUAAACUAAAUUAAAUUAUUAAAAUAAUAAACUAUUUAUAUU